CAGGGGCGGACUGACCAUUUGGAAACUCGGGCACUGUCCGAGGGCCCGGGGUCAGUAGGGGGCCCCAUGAGAUGCCCCUGGUACCUUUUUCAUAGGCUUUUUUAAUGUGGGCAAGGACACAGGGGCCCCAUGAUCCCUAUUGCCCAGGGGCCCCAUGAGUUGUCAGUCCGCCCCUGGUGCUAAUUAUCCUCUUAUCCCCCAGCCCCUAACUUUCAAAUUUUUUUUCUUUCAGGAAAAAAUUCCCUUCAUUGACAGAUACCCGCUCCCACUUCCUCAAUCAAUAUCUAGUUUGGGCAAGGACACAGGGGCCCCAUGAUCCCCUAUUGCCCGGGGGCCCCAU